UUUUUGGCAUUCAGCUGUUUUUGAGGCAACAUCGGUGGAAUAUUGUCUAAACAAUUUCUAAAAUGAUAACAAAUGAUAACAAAUACACGCAGUGCGCAAGACGAUAAAUUUAGCUUCGAAUAUUUUGCCUACUUACCAGCUGCUUGAAUUUUUUUCUGCUAAGAAAGGGUCAAUUUUUAACAAUUCAAAGUAAUGUUGCUCAUACUAAGAAAAUUAAUUAUGCAAAAAUUGUAUUUACAUACAUACGUACAUAUAAUAAAUAGCUAGAGCUAAAAUUGCAAACGUAUACACGUUAGAUAUUUGUUGGUAAGUGGCAAGUUAGUUUUGUAGAAUCAGCUGUUAUGCUGUCAAAUUGAUUGUGUCACAACAAAGCAAAGUGUACGAUGAUCAAGCGGUAGGAGGAGUCAACAAACUAUAUUAAAUACGUGAAUGUGGGGGUGCAAAUUUAAUUGAUAACGAAAAAACGAAAAGUUAACUUCAUUAACUAACGUAAAAGUGGAAACAAAAUUGUGUGUAUAUUAGUUUAAAAGUGAAAUAGCAUGAACGAACUGAAAGCACCAUCUCUCCAAUCGCUCUUGGAGUCGGAUCGUGGAUCUAGUGACAGUUUGCUUGCCGAAUCACUGCUUGAUGUGGACGAUUUGGAUGAUGUGGAAUAUUCGAUUCCACCAAGUGGUGAAUUGCCGACCUUAGAGUCGGCAUUAAGUGAGUUUGAAGCAGAUUCGGACAUAGGUUCGGAAUUGGGCGUACCAGCACCGGCACCAACACCAACGCCCUCAUUAGCAGAAGAGGGUGGAGUUCGCAAUGGUGGCGCAGGCGGAGGCGGUUCCAUAAUGCGUUAUGCCAUGAUGCAUGGAGUAUCUGCACAAAUUGCGUCAGCUGCUGAUCGGGUAAACGCUGGUUUUACAACUGCGUGCGCUGUGUCAACCUUAAUCGGCAUUGGUACCUCACAUGGUCACAUUCUCAAUUUUGACAUAACACAAACACUACGUUGGGCACAUCAAGACAAACACGGUCAAGGUGCUGUGUCAGCAUUGUCAUACAAUCCGGAUUGUACACGUCUAUUAGCUGGUUAUGCACGUGGACUUGUUGUAAUGAUUGACACACAAUCCGGCGACGUUUUACGCAACCUAUUUGACGCGAUUACUCCAAAUACUGGAGUUCUGCAUUUAAAAUGGACCUCUAGACCGGCACUUGCGCUCUGCUCCGAUUCAGGAGGUUCAGUAUGGUCGUUGAGCUUCACAAGAAAGUUAGGCAUUCGUGGUUGCUCGUCCCGCUGUCUUUUUAGUGGAGCACGUGGAGAAGUUUGCACCAUGGAACCAUUAUUGAUAGAUAGUUCGCAUGACUUGGAUCAAUAUUGCAUUAUUGCACUUGCCACUUUAUCCAAAUACUUUAUUGUAACCAUACGUCCACGUCUUAAAGUGAUUAAGUAUCAUGCACUGCAAGGGCCAGCUGAUUGUUUACCCGUACUGGCAUGGCAAAUGGUUCUAAUACAAGCAGCAGACACUACACGUUCUUUUGAUCCAGUUCUUGUAGUAGGACGUGGCAAUCAAUUGUUUUUCCAUCAACUUUUUAUGACAAAUGGGCGUAUUUCUUUACUUUACUUGCGGCAUGUGCAAAUGCAGACAAAUUUACUAUCGGUUCAUUGGUUGGGCCCAAAGUGUGUCGCAUGUAUGGAUGUAUCGGAAAUACUACAUCUAAUAGAUGUGCGAUCCAGCAAAGAACUGGAAUGUAUCGAUAUGGCUAAUGCCGGAUUAGUAUAUGGCUCAGCGCAAUUCAAAGGACUUGCGACCGGCGGUAAUGUGUCACCUGCUUUAGCUUUGGCCGGCACACAUGCGUGUUACAAUUCCUUAAUGUCGCGCGGCACACAAUUAUACAUUUUGGGUGCACGAUCCUUGCAUAUGAUAGCUGUGCGCACAUGGACAGAGCGCAUUAGCUACUUGGUGAAAAAUCAAAGAUGGCAAGAAGCAUGUGAUCUCGCGCUAGACGGUUAUCGCGCCACAGCGGAGCGUCCCAGACGUAAAGCACAAGCAAAAGAGCGCAUUAUAAUGCUUUUCAAAGAGUAUUUGGCUGCAUCGGCAAGAGCGCCUGAUUACUGUCUGGGACCUAUUGUGAAGUGUCUGAUCACAAUAGGUGAACUGGAAUUGCUAUGGACACAACUGUGGGAACGCUUACAAAAUAAAAGCCUUUAUCUACAACAUAUCACCGAACACAUAGAAAACGAUAAUAUUCACCGUGUCAGCCCAACAAUUUCGCAAGCAUUAGUAGAACAUUGGCUAGAAAUAUCACCAACAAAAUUAGAAGAAAUUAUACUUAAACUUGACUGGACCUGCCUUGAUUUAAACCAAGUACUAAAGGCAGCCAAACGUUAUAAGCUUUAUCGCGCACAAAUCUACCUCAAUACACAUGCACUUAACGACUACUCCAGUCCGCUUACGGAAUUGAUACCUUUGGUAGCGCAAGAACCAUCGGCUGUAGGAAACUCGCUGCUCGUGUACAUAUCAAGUUGCCUGGCAGGACGUGGUUAUCCAAGCGGUGAAAUACCAACCGAUAUAGUUCAAAAUGUCAAACAUGAGGUCCUACGCUGCUUAACUUCGCUACAUUCUAAUACUAGUGUGCCGAACGAACUGCCAUAUCCUUACUUGCGUGCGCUACUCAAAUUCGAUACUAGAGAAACCUUAAAUGUGAUUUCGUUAGCUUUUCAGGAGAAGGAAUUUAGUGGUGAGCUGGGUUUCUCGCAUCGCAAACGCAUAAUAAACAUACUUUUAGAAAUAAUGACACCCGAAAACACAACGUGGGCGGAGAUUGGUUGCCUUUUAAAUUUCAUCGCCCAACAAAUAUCCCAACAAUGUCUAAAACCCGACACUCAGCUGCUGGGGAAAGUGCUCAAUCACUUGGCGAAAGAAAAAAUAACUAACGAAACUACACGGCAACAUUCUGAACGCGAGAGUGCAUGGCAUGAACUGCUCAUUAAUAAUUGUCUAGACGAAAUUAGUACGGAUGAGGAGCAACUGCGUCUGGCGAAACGCGCCCAUUGCUACUAUGUGGAGGAAUAUCUACUAGAGAAGCUGCAGCGUUACGAUGAUAUUGUUGAGUGUUAUCUGAAUAAUGAUCAGCGUCACGAUACCAUGUUUAGCUAUAUGGAGCGGCAUGUACAACAACCAGAGCGUAAAAUUUACGAACAAAUUGAGAAACACUUCAAACGUAUGCUGGAAAUAAACGCCAAGGAAACAACGCGCUUAAUAGAUUUCCACUUUAGUGCGAAAAUUAAUAAAUUACUGGAAGUGGCGCAAGAAGAUGAGCAAACAUUAUUAACGUUUCUAGAGCAUUUACAUCGACGAAGAUUUGUUUUAACUGCCGCGCAGAGUGCACAAUUGCUGGCACUUUUAUGCAAGUUUAAACCAGAGGAAGUCGAUGAAUUUGUGCGCCAAUCCGACGAGUAUCGUGUAGAAGAGGCGCUAAGCUUAGUUUUAACGCAUAAACUGAACAAAUCGGCAAUAUAUCUAUAUGAAAAGCAAGCGAACUAUCACAAUGCCUUCGAGUUGUCCAUAGAAUUAUUAACUACAUUACAUGGUGAGGUGGCGGCUACUUUUGCCCAAGAAAUAAGCGACUUGUGUGUACGUGCCACAAACGUGCUUCCAAAGGCGGAUUGUGAACAAUUUUGGUUUACGCUCCUACAGCAAAUAUUGCCACGUGAUGAUCUCAAAUCCAGCACGAAGCAUAUGUUACAUUUAUCGUCGCAAUAUGUCGACUUACCAAAACUGGUGCAACUUGUGAUGAACACCCGUAAUGUAUCGGGCAAUUUUGGUGAUAUUAAAGAUUUGCUAAUGAGUAUGCUGUCACAAUCCCGACUUGAGACAGAUACCAUGGAGAAAACGCUGCAAGUCAAGUGUCAAGAUCUAGCAAAUGCUUUUGCACGUAAACGUUCCGAGGCUAAGCGCGGUCUCCUAGUGCCGACAAUGCGUUGUGUCAUUUGCCAACAACGUUUGUACAAUCAAAGUGAUAUACUUGUCUUAGGCGGCUGUGGACAUGCUGUUCAUGACCAAUGUGCAGCAACAUAUAACGAAACAGUGCAAUUGCGCUUAAAUAACAGUGAUCUUUCGCAAACGACGCAAACGGAAAAUGAUGCAUAUAACGGUAUUAAUGUAGCAUGCCCGCAUUGCUCAGCGGAAAUGAGAAAUAAUUUUUACAAUAAUAUAAUUAAACUAUCGGAACCUAAGCGUACAGUGUUUGUACGCUGUGAUGGGGCUUUUAAUAUACAGCAACAACAACAACAUAAUGUAAAUCAAAUGGGUAUAUUGAAAUUAAAAGCGCCACCACGAAAAUUUACUUGCAACUAAUAGUAAUGAAAGUUAAAUAUGGCAUUUUGCAAUUCUACGUUUGACAUCUCAUAAAUAACUGUGUAUUUUGCUAUUAUAGCGUUUUGUUUUUUUUUUUUAAAUGUGUCAUCGAAGAUUACUGAAUCACUUUCAAUUCGACAAAUUAUUGGAAAUCAGUGUGAAAAUUUCGUUAAAAAAAUAGAAAUAUUCGUAAAUUAUUGCAAGUUGAUUUAAAUAAUAAUAAAAAUAAAUAAAAAAUUAUCAAAAAAUGUUGUAUGCAUAGUAUGCAUAAGAUUUCACAGUUAAAAAUAAAAACGAAAACAAAACAAAAAUUAAUUACACAAAUUUUCCAUACAUACAUUUUAUUUAGCCACUUUGCUUAAACGAAAUAAAAGUCUAUUUAAUUAAGAUAAAUAUGAUAUUCACAUACUCUCAUGCUAACAUAUACGUAAAUUUCGUGUAUUUUAUGUUGUAUGUUUGAUAUCAAUUACAUAACAGUAAUCUAAAACCUAAUACUAGAUUUAAAAAAGAAUUUCAAAAUCUAGUAUUAGUUUCUAAAUAUUUCUGUUUUAAAAACUAAUACUAGUUUAAAAGUUUUAAAAAAGGUUCUAGAUUUCUAUUCUUUCUAUUCUCAAAACUAAAACUAAAUUAUAAAUAUAUAUAAUGUUAAAAUUCUAUUAUCAAUUUCUAGACUCACAAUAUAAAGUAUUAGUUUUUAGAUUUUCUGUUCUUCAUAUUUUCUUUAAUCUUAGUUUUCAUGAGCGUUAAUUCACGGUUUUUUCAUAAUUUGAAGGGCAUAUAUUUUCGAGGCUCAAUGAAAGUGAUUCAGUGUUUAUAAUUGAUUGGUUCGGUUUUAUUCGUUUUUUGUUUUUAUUUUGAAGAAACAAAAGUUCCUUCAACUUAGACAACACAAUCACGGCAGUUUGUUAUUCAAUUGUUCACUUAGUUCGCAGCACUCGUUUUUCUUUUGCGCCUGAUUAAGCCAACAGUAUUUCUUGCUAAUUACUUACUGCAAACUACUCUUUUCCAAAUAGCGAAAAUCAUAUGUUGUUUAAGUCACAAAUUUACAAUUAAGUUUCUGUUUAAGCUUUAAUAUAUAUGUAUGUAUGUACGAUAAUAAUAAUCGAAAUUAUUCGAAAAAUGCUUGCAAUGCAUUUGCAAAUAAAUUA